AGUUGAAUGAUUUGCUCGGAAUGUUAAACCUGCAAUGUUUCUGGUCCUGAUUCUGUCUCUCGCCGUGAUUAUUUUCACAGCUGCUGAAAAAACUGCGAUCCACGUUACCCAAAUUCCAGAACGAAAGGUUAUAUUGAAGGGAGCAAACGUCACCUUUCACUGCAUAAUCCCACUAGCGGAUGACAGUUCGGGAAUCGAAGUGCGUUGGCGAAAACAGGGGGAGAAUGAAUAUAUACAAAGCGACGCUGAUGGCAGAAAGCGAUUCACCGUCAAAAAUCGAUCAGGCGGAUAUUUUGGUUUACUGAACACGACCUACGAGGAUUCGGGAAACUAUCGCUGUGUAGUCAUGCGUCAGGGGAAAAUUAGCGGAGAAGGAACAGGGUCAGAACUAACAGUAUGUGACCUUCCAACUCCACUGAAGAUUAACUGGAUAUCCGAGAGCAAUUCAUCUGCAGCUACAACGCUUGUCUGUAAAACGGCCGAGUUUUACCCGGGUGAUCUAACCCUUCUAUGGUAUAAAAAUAGCGUUGCUGUUACAGCUAAGGUCGAUACCAUUAAACAGAAAAAUAGUGAAGGGCUGUACACGGCUUCCAGUUCAUUAUCCAUGACGCAGUCGGAGGCGAACGGGAAUAUUUACAUUUGUCUGGUGAUACACAUCUCCCUCCAAAGACCCGCCAUUGCCACGCAACCCCUUCGCAAACCCGACCAAGAACUCGCCAACCAAUAUCUCUAUAUCUGGGCUUCUGGGGUCGGUGGAAUCGCCAUUUUGGUGUUUGUAUUUAUCAUUGUCCUGAGGUGCCGUUCGACAAAUAAAAAGCAAAGGAGUACCGUGGGCCAUGAAGAAUCGGUUGAGGCGAACAACAUCCUGACUUAUUCUGCUGUAGAUAUGAGCAAUUCCAAAAGGAAAGGGAGACAGAAAAGCGAAGAGGAGACAUCCUAUGCACAAGUAAAACAACGGACCGCCCGGGAAGUACUUACAUACGCAUCUGUGGAAUUGUCUCAACCCGGGAAUGCUGGUAACGUUAAACCUAGGGAUAAGAUCACGGAAUAUGCUGCGCUGCAGACGGCAAAUCCACGAAGAGUUAAAGAUGACGGAAAGUAAUCAAGGAAAUUCUAUAGACUACAAUGGCCUGGUAAUACUUUACGGUCCAUGCAGUAAAGGGUCUUCAUUAUAUACACGUUCACAUCCACCUAUGUUAUAGAAAUACCGAAAUUGGACCUAUUACACAACAGUCAUAUUAAUCUUUAAGUAUUCAAGAUUAUCUGUCUGCAAUCGAUGAAUUCUAAAAAAUAAUCACAAUAACUUAGUUAUUUAAAACUAUUAAAAUAUAUUACCAGCAUGCAUUGUACAUGUCAUGCUAUUUUCCUAUCUGUUUGUGCAUCACAUCUCAUUGUUUAUACAAAAAUAUUAAGAUACCUUCUGGAACUGAAAGACAAUUAAAAAAAACAAAUUUCCCUUCAAAUCCAGUAUAUCCCGGCUUCUUUUCUAGCCGACACUCUUGGAGUAUUCGUUACAACAUUUCCGCUCUUUGGAUCUUACAUGGAAUUUCUGAAUUCCACUUUAAAUGAUGGUAGAAUGUCAUAUUUGUACGCAAUGCUGGUUGGCUGUCCAAUCUUUUCCUGGCCGCAUAUUCCAAUUACUUCCGAAGCCCCAAAACUCUGGGAAAAUCAAUUUACAAAACGGUCUUUAGAAUCUUCUAAGACUAACAAUAUUCCGGGGUGCUGCGUGCGAUUUUAUUUGUGUGAAGAUAUAAGCACUAUCCGCUUUAUAUAAACAUAUAUACAUAUAUAUGUAAAGCCCAUAGGAAAGAGCGAAUAGAAUACCACCGCCUAUUACAUCUGAAGCAGCUAAUCGCUUGUAUUUGAACUUGAAAUUGCGGAAGGCGACGCAAAUUAGCAUCGCUUUUUUGUUACUGUCAUGGGAGAGUUCUUGUGUACGUCAUCAAACGGGAGGAUCGAUACAUUCGUAUGUGUUUUACAUGCCAGAAGCAUUGCAACAUUAAAAUGGCAUCGUUAUUUUCUCUCUAAAUAAUUACAUCUUCCUCCAAAGUCUCCAUAGUCAUCAGUAUUCCUCCUUUUAACGCAAAUGCUUAAAAUAUGGACCAGUUAUUUGACUCAAAUUCUGAAAAUGAAAAUAACUUAAAAAUUCACACAAUCCAACUAUUUUGUAGAGCAUUUUGCAUCUCCAUCCUAUGAUUUGUAUGUCAACUUUGCUCAAUGGCCAUAAUUCAACAAUUGUUUAUACACAUGUUACGGAUUUGCAAGUUCACAUCUAAUUUCCGCAACUAUUGUAUUGAAUGACCCUUUCUCAAAUCGCUACAUAACCUCAGCCCGCCUAUUGUGGUCGCCUAUUGUCAACUCUCACCUUCGCACCUUUUUCAUCUAUAUUAAUGUAAAUUGGAACUUUCACGAUAGCUUUGGGACAGCAAUCGAAAGAAACUCAAAGGAAGUCAAAAAGUCAAGAUCCAUAUUCUCCAUUCUCUCCCUUUUUACCGAGGCUCAGAUAAUAUUGUUAUAUUUUCUACGCAAAAGGUAUCACCGCCCAUUUGCAUCUUCAUUUGUAUCUUCAAAAAUACCGUUUUAUUUCACAUUUCUCUGCCAUCUGCAUUUGCUGCUAUCUCUCCGUUCAGGUGUCCCCGCCAAUAUCUAUCUUCGGGAUUUCACAUGAUCUAUUUUAAGUUGUCCAAUCUCAGUUUCAGAUUGUUGCCAUCGUUAAAGUUUGAGGUUUAUCCCAAAACAAUGUAUAUAUUCAGCGAAUGAAAGCACUGCCACUAAAUGGUCCAGGAUACACCCGCCAUGAAAUAUUUGGAUUCCAAACUGCUUCCCUUCACUCUGAUAUUUUUUAUUUGAACCGUUCUACCCACUCUUGUUAGUUGUGAACAUAUCAUUCAACGUUACCUUUGAGUUGCUUUCGCAAUAUUAACACGCUUCUAAAUAUAAUC